AACUAUCGCAAUCGCGAGCAUGUCAUUGAACGACGUUUCUCCAUCCAUGCAGUCUUUAGGCCUUAUCCUUAUUAAUUAUAAUUCUGUCCAUAUUGCAGAAAGUUGGUAAGAAAUGAACAGCAAAAGUUGGGCCGAUCAAGUUGAAGAGGAACGACAUGUUCCUCAAAAUGAAGAAAUUAUUAAAGGCAAUAUAAAGAAGCUGAUUGAGUACAGACGUGAUGAAGCUGGAAAAUUACAGAAAGUGAUACGAACUUUCAACAUAGAACAAAGGAAAGCUUCAAAAUCUGUUGCAACAAGAAAGGCUUGGCCCAAAUUUGGCUCAGCAAGUAAUGAUGGUUCAGGGCCUAACCCUGCUACUACAUCUGUUUCUGAUGACAUCUUCAUGCAGUUCAUCACAGCCAAAGAUGAUUUGAAUACAGCAUCUGAGGUUGAAGACCCGAUCAAGCGACUGGCCGCUGCCCAAAAGAUGGUCAUGUGCCGUGUCUGUAAAGGGGACCAUUGGACCACAAAAUGUCCAUACAAAGACACUUUAGAGCCGCUUCAGAAGGAGCUCGCAGCAGCUGAUAAACCACCAGAAGAAAAUGGAGUUGCUGAACCUGGUGCAGUAGGAGCUUCUACUGGCAAAUACAUUCCACCAGGCAAGAGAAAGGGGGCAGAAGCAUCAAGAGGCGGUGAACGUGAUAAUAAGAGAGAUGAUGGGGCAACCAUUCGUGUCACAAAUUUGUCAGAGGACACAAGGGAGCCUGACCUGCAAGAGUUAUUCCGACCUUUUGGAGCAAUUCAGAGGAUAUAUCUAGCGAUGGACAAGAAUACAGGCAUGUCAAAGGGAUUUGCAUUUAUUAAUUUCCACCAUCGUGAAGAUGCGGCUCGUGCCAUUGCUGGGGUAUCCGGAUUUGGUUAUGAUCAUCUUAUUCUGAAAGUUGAGUGGGCAAAGCCCUCAGGGACUCAGUGAUGUCAAUGUUUACACAGCAAUUCACAUAGAAUAGACCCAUUCAGAGGAACAACUUUUGGGCAACAUUUGAUGAUCAUCAUUACAUGGUAGUAAAUUCUAUGAUCAUGGUGAAAUGAUAUCUAGCCUACCCCCAAUGUGCUGGGCCUUUCCACUGCUGUGGCAUUCAGAGCCCAUUUCUUAGUGGAUCUGGCUGUAUUCUGCCAAUUUACAAUGUGCUAGGCUUGAGCUUAUCGUCGUCCUGCGGGGGAAUUUAUGGCCUGUGUUACAGGAACCUAACUGUGUGAAGCCUAAAUUCCAAUGUGUCAGCAUAUUCAUUAAACAAAGGCAAUUCAACAACAGUACGCACAUCUCUGCUUACGAACAUAGUGCGUGCAUCAACAAUCUAAUACUAGUUGCAAGUACAGCCAUCAAUUAUUAGUAUAUUCGUGCCAUACGUUUUAUGGUGUGUGUUACUAUUUUAUUUGUGAAAAUUCACCAACAAAAUGAAGAGUUGUAGCAAUUGAAAAUUUACAAUUAAAAAAAAAAAUCAUGUUCUUAUACAACAUUAAACUGUCAUUUUAGUAAUGUUGGACUAAGGUGCAAAAAACGUUCAUUUGAUUAGAUGCAGAAAAUUUAUUUCUUUUUUUUUUUGCGAUGCGAGUCUCACCACAACAUCGGUAAAAUUAAUGUUGAAAUAACGAUAUAAUUUCAGUCUAAUGUUAGUGAAAAAUAUCAUUAGGCCUUUUUAAUUACCGCACAACGUACGAUUAUCAUGUCAACUAAAACGCGCAUGGGUAACUCUUCACACACUGACGGUUGGUUUGGUUGCUAUGGUUUUUGUGACGAUCAUCGUGUAGGGGCAUGCGGCGCGUAGAAUGUCCUUGUCAGAAUUAUAACCUGUGCAUCCUGUUGUUGAAUUUAUUAAUUCUCAUUAAAUGUUCUAGAGAAUUUUAUCAUAAUUUUGUGCUGCUGUGGCCUUUUAGGGCUUUUUCACAGGGCUCAGUAGACCAAAUGACAUUUUUAGUAUUGCAAGUACUGUACAGUAAUGAUUUUGAUCCCGUCAACAUUGACAAAAUGCAGUAGUUUAUCAUUGAUAUACCGUAAAAUCUUGAAUAGAUCUAAAAGCCCUGGACGUUUUUUUGGGGGGGGGGGAUUUUUUGGAUCGGCUUAUUUUCGAGGCUACUUUUGCAAAUUAAAGAUGGUGGCUUCUUUUCAAAAUAAAUGCUGCAAUUUUUGGGAAUUACAGUUGAACUUGCCUAA